UUGAGCUCAAAAACAAUGUCUUCUUUAUAUUUAUUUAUUGCUUCUUUACAUGAAAGUUUCCUAUUUCAUCAUGGUAUCAGAGCAGGAUUUCGAUCCUGACUCUAUACCUCUCUUCUGUAACCUCUUUUCUUUCAUUGUUUUGUAUUCAUAAAUGGCAGAUAGCGAAGGUUCAAGUUCAUCCUUUGGAGAUGCACAUGCCUCACUCCUUUCAAACACACCAGCCUUACCCCAAAACCAUUCUAUCUCGCUCAAGUUAACAGACUCCAACUACUUGAUCUGGAGUCAACAAGUGCUCGCUACUGUCGAAGGAUAUGGAUUGGAGCAUUUCCUCUACGGGAAUGUAGAGCCACCCUCUUCGACAAGAAACACAGCUGAUGGACUCACGGAGAUGAAUCCGGAGUACCUGGCGUAGAAGCGCCAAGAUCGAAGGCUCUCGGCAUGGAUACAGUCUUCGCUGUCCGAAAGCUCCAUGGUGAUUGUGGUUGGUCUGAAGACCACGAAGGAGAUCUGGGAAGCCCUCGAAACAAACUUUGCGAGUCAGUCCAAAGCAAAGAUAAUGCAGUACAGGCUACAGCUGCAGACUAUCAAGAAGGAUGGACAACCGAUGCAAGAAUACUUGAACAAGAUGAAGGAGUGUUGCGACCUCUUGGGCGGCUGGAUGCCGCAUAUCAGACGAUGAUCAAAUUCUCUAUAUACUUGGAGGACUUGGGCAUGAAUAUGACCCUGUCAUGGUGUCGAUCACUUCGAGAAUCGACCCUUGGAAAGUGCAAGAAGUGAGAACAAUACUCUUGAGUUAUGAGACCAGGCUCGAGGGUGAUAAGCAGUCAAGUGUGAAUUUAGAAGGAUCACAACCUUCCAUCAACCUGGUCCAUCAAGCUCAACAUAAGAAGGAUGUGCCUCCUCAACAAGGCCGAGAAGGAUACCACACGAGCGGAAGAGGAGAUAGCAGCCGCGGAGGUUACAGAUCAGGAAGAGGUGGUAGAGGUAGAGUCUCCGGAGGCAAGUUGGUUUGUCAGGUUUGCCAAAAACCGGGACACGGAGCAGAAAGGUGUUGGCAUCGUUUCGAGCAUAACUUUGCUCCUCAACCGCAACAAAACAGAAUCAGCCAUUAUCCUCAGUCCAGUCCCUCAGCUCACCUUGCUCACAUCAGACAGCCACCCCACCAUCAAAUGGCUCCCUCGAUUGCAAAUACAUCUGAAUAUGGCUAUGAUGGAGCGAAUGCAGUGUGGUAUCCAGAUUCGGGAGCCACCAAUCAUGUGUCCAAUGACCUCGGAAAUCUCAACAUCAGCUCCGAAUACCACGGAGGACCUGCAGUCCAGGGAAAUCGUGCUCAAGGGAAUCCUUGAUCAGGGCCUAUACAAAUUCCUCAUCUUCAAUUCCAAUGCCAAGAAUUCCAGCCAUUCCAGCCUUCCUGCUUUCAAUCAAAAUGAUAUUGCUACACCAGCAGCAUGUUCAGCCACUCUAGGAAAUUUCAGUUCAUCUUCUUCUAGUCUAGCAUCUAGUCUUGCCUUAUGGCAUCAGAGACUUGGGCACACUGCCCUCAAUGUAGUUAAGCUAGCUCUUAGCAGUUGUAAUCUUCCUUUUCAAUCAAUGAAUUUUGAUUCUACUUUGUGUCAUC